AUGCCAAUGCAUGUCGAUUUAAAUGAACAUGUACAGUAUUAUGGAGUUGUAAAGAAUCAGUUUGGUCAAGAUUAUUAUGAAAACCUGUUUACCAACACUACCGCAGUUUUAGUGAUCGUUGAUGGAUAUAGUACAUGUGGAGAUUGUAUAUCAACAAAUGAUGAUGAUGAUGAUGAUGAUAAUAUUCAAAACAGAGAACCAUUUUUGUUCAUUUACUUAGUUGGAACUUCUACACCCAAUGAAAAGAUAUGCAUCGAGUGUGGGGAUUCAAAAGAUGAAAAAUCAUUUCACAAGAGGGCAAAAGUUUGUAAAGAUUCCAAAGAGAGAUUCGAAGCAUUUCACCAAUCAGACAAAAUCACAAAAUGUAAUACGUGCCCUUUAGGGAAACUACCAAUUGAAUUUGCCACCACGACUCAAUGUAAAGAUUGUAGAAAUACAACAAGAAACAAAAGGAAAGAACAAAAAGCAUCAACAUUGGCAUUUUUUAUGGACUACCAUAGCUAUGAUGAUAAUAUUGUCAAAUCAAAUUUGGUUUAUUCUUUAAUUGAAAAAGGUUUUUUGGUUAUUGUAAUUAGAACAAAAGGUAAUGGAACAAGAUUUUAUACAAUAGAGAAUCUUUUGGUAUCAUUGGAUGGUCCAGUUUCAGAAAAAUAUGGAGAACAUUGGUACAGUAGAUUAGUAGUAUUGAUCAAAAAGAAAUUCCAACAAAAUAUUGAUGUAUCAACACAAGCUAGAAACUUUUACUAUAGAGAUAUUGCAUCAAGAAUAUUUGCAUCAAAUGUUAAUUCAUCGAGCAAGCUUACUCGUUGGGUUCAAGUUUUUACCACAUCUACUUCAUCUACUACAUCUACUACUUCUACUACUUCUACAUCUGCUACAUCACCUAAUAUUAUAUAUGAUACUAUAUCAAAACCAGAUUGGAACAAAUUCUCAUCCACCCAAACAUUGUCAAAGAAUUCUUUGGCAACAAUUGCAAUUAUUCUUUCAGUACUGUCAAAUUUUUAG